AUGAACUUCACGGGCUGGGACUCUCAUGUACCAGGUCAAGGGGGCUCCAUGUACUCCUGGGUGGUCCCUUACGAUAUUUCGUGGGGGCAUCUCCAGCACUAUCGCCCUGCUCGCGUGAGAGGUAUGGGCGACGCGGUGUGGUAUGCGGACUUACAGCACAUCGACGGGCUAUCAUCCGCGGAGAUGAAUCUGUGGUCAACCCCAAGAACCGACCCCUCGGAGUCUACGAUGCCAACUGAUGGGCCCUCCGCCGAUUCGGCCUCAGAGGAAACUGAUUGGGAUGCGUUGCGACGCAUGAUUCCAAGCAAGGCUAGCUUGGAUGGGAUUGAGGAUAUGCCUAGAUUUGAUUUGGCAGACCUCGAGAUGGUGCACGAAAUUGGAGCUUUUGACUUCGACCCAACCGACCCAGGAGAAUAUCUUGGGGAUGCCAGUCAGCCUCAAGUCAAUAUCGGUAUCUUGCUGGCCAAGUGUUUCACCGAACCUACCUUUGGGUGGGGAGCUAGUUAUGGCCUAAUGGCUAAGUUAGGGGUUAAACGCUGA